AACUGCAUUUAAAAAAAAAUUGUAUUGUUUUAUUAUUUAUGAAAUAUUUAAUCGCCAGAUAGUCCAUUUAGAAUGCGGGCGGCAUGGUGGCUUUUAUAGAGGAUUUUAUGAAAUCCCUUUGGAAACAAACAAAUUGGAAUACUUCUGGAACCAAGGUGGUUAAAAAAUUCUUUCUGUCUGUUAGAAAGAUCAGCUUGCAUGUUCUCCCCAUGUUCGUGUAGGUUUCCUCCGCGUGCUCCGGUUUCCCCCACAAGCCCAAAAACAUGCAGGUUAAGUGAAUUGGAGACUCUAAAUUGCCCCGUAGGUGUGAGUGAGAGUCCCCCAGCCACUAGGGUUUGCAUCAGGAAGGGCAUCCAGCGUAAAACCUAUGCCAAGUCAAUUAUGCGAAUCAUGGAUGGUCCGCAGUGGUGACCCCUAAAGGGAGCAGCCGAAAGAAGAAGAUAGUCCAUUUAGAAUAAUUUUUCAGAUUAUUCACAUAUUACAACAAAACUAAAUUUGUAUUUUAAAGUACAUGUUGUCAUAUGAAUGACCAGUAAGUAAUUCUCAUGAGCCUAAAGUACACAACACAGUAACAAUUCUUGGUUUACUUGGAAUGAGUCAAUUAAUUUCAGUCAGCGGCAACGGAUUCAUAACUCUUUUUGAUUCACUAAAAAGAGCCAGCUUAAAGAGUCGUAAGUUUGUGGAUCGAACAACAGUUGUUGAUUAACUCAAAAGAACCAGAUCAAAAGAGUAAUUUCUUUUUGAAUCAGUUUACUGUUUGUGCUUAAUGUCUUGUCUCGCUCUGUAGAUUCAGUAGUGUUGCUGUGGCGUUUAAUAAUACAGAAAACACUGUCUGAGUAUUUUAAACUGGAUUUCUGUCUGCAUCACUGGAAUAAUGCACGUUCAAGAACCUUAAUGAGACUCAACAUCAUGAAAAUCAUUCGGUUUUUAUUAUAAUGCAGUCAUUACCAGAGAUUUGUAUGUGUGGUUGUGGGUAAUUAAAACUUACUUGCACAUCGACUGUAAAUACAAGAGUUGUCUUCCCUUCAUCCCAAUGACAUGAAUGCUCCUGUACAUUACUUUCAUCUUGCAUCGAGAUGUACUACUAACGGAUGAACAUGCCACAGACAACUCCAUAUUCAGGCAAAUUCAGUCCUAGCACUUACAGCAGCAGCCAUAGUCACCGGCAAUCAGUGGAGGAAAACUAUGGAGGGUUGCACUACCGUGAUAACAAGCUUGUGUCUGGAUCUCUGGAAGCCUUGAUACAGUUCUUAGUCCCUACUGUGGACUAUUAUCCUGACAGAUCUUAUAUUUUCACCUUUCUGCUGAGCUCUCGUCUGUUCCUGCAUCCGUUUGAACUCAUGUCCCGUGUUUGCUACCUGUGUGUGGACCACCAUAGGGUUGGCGACCCACAGACAGACAAGAAAAGAAUACGUGAAAUAGCACCGAAAAUCGUGCAGCUGCUCACAGAAUGGACAGAGACCUUUCCGUAUGACUUCAGGGAUGAGCGCAUGAUGCGCAGCCUGAAAGAGAUGACCCAUCGCCUUGCCUUUGGAGAUGAGCUCUCACGGAGAGCCAUGCAGAGACUCAUUCAGCGCCUCUUACGAAAGCUGACCACCCUCGGACAGUACGAAGAGUCACUGGCGACAUCUAGCGCCGCCGCUGCCUUGGAGAGACCAGUCGCCUUGAAGUCCAAGCAGCAGAUAGUGCGCAGAGAUGAGUGUGUUCUGAAUCUGUGCGAUGACCCUUUCGUCUUUGCCCAGCAACUCACACAUAUUGAGAUGGAGAGACUUGGUUAUAUUGGCCCUGAUGAAUUUGUUCGAACAUUUACACAGAAGAGACCCUCGGACAACCAUAAGAGUUUCUUCAGCAAAAGGAAAGUAAGUAACCUGGAGGCUUAUGUUGAAUGGUUCAACAGACUGAGUUACCUGGUAGCCACAGAAAUUUGCAUGCCUGUGAAGAAGAAACACAGAGCAAGAGUGUUGGAGUUCUUCAUAGAUAUAGCACAAGAAUGCUUCAACAUCGGUAACUUCAACUCCCUGAUGGCCAUUAUUACUGGGAUGAACAUGAACCCUGUAUCCAGACUGAAGAAAACUUGGAACAAAGUCAACAUGGACAAGUUUGACAUCCUGGUACACCAAAUGGACCCAUCCAGCAAUUUCUAUAACUACCGAACUGCACUGCGUGGAGCCACUCAGAGGUCUAGUACAGCGCACACAAGCCAAGAAAUGAUUGUUAUCCCAUUCUUCAGCCUGUUCAUUAAAGACAUCUACUUCCUGAAUGAAGGAUGUGUGAAUAGAUUGCCUAAUGGCCACAUAAAUUUUGAGAAAUUUUGGGAGCUGGCCAAGCAAGUGAAUGAGUUUCUGUCCUGGCGGCAGGUGAUUUGUCCUUUUGAGAGAGACAGAAAAACACUGCAGUAUCUCAUCAGUGCACCGAUAUUCAGUGAGGACGAGCUUCAGCUGGCGUCAUAUGAGAGUGAAGGUCCUGAAAACAACCUGGAGAGAGACACCCGCCGGUUGCUCAGGUCAUCUCUCAGUAGAGUGUAAACGCCGAUUUUGGGAUUAUGUCCUAACACAAGGACUGAUGGCACUGAAGACUUGGAAGAACUUUUGGUGUGUGUGUGUGUGUGUGUGUGUGUGUGUGUGUGUGUGAGAUUUUUCAUUGCUAAAUUUGAGGCUGGUUUCUCAUUGUGACAGUAACUUUAUGCUAAUGAAAAUGUAUUCAUCUCAUGUACCUCAGAAACUUUAAUGAAAUGUGUUUCUUAUCAUGCUAUAAAUCUCCUUGGUGAAUUAAGAGCAUGUCGCUGGCUGACCUGUUCUGUAAUGUUUUUUGCAAUAAUGAUUUUGCUCUUGGUAAAUGGUAAUAAAUGUUUUUGUGUACUAAACAUAACUGUUACAAUAUUCAAAGGUAUUUUUUAUGUUUAUCAUAGUUCCAUGUGGUAACUGUGUACAUGUUUCCCAAUAAAGAAUCUCUGAAUUAACCAGGUUGCAGGU